AUGGAGUAUAUGAUCCGGUUGGCUCAAUGCCAUGAAACUUUUCGGGUGGCAGAACUUCAGGCCGUGGCCACGGUCGUCGGGGUCGAUCUUGAAAUUGUUUCUUACGACGAAUAUUCGCCAUACUGCAUUGUGAAACUUGAGAAUGAUGAAGCAGCACGCAAGCUAAUUUCGCGCACCAUUCUUGCUAAAGAUAUCUCGGAGCUUUGGGGCCAAGGCACCAACUAUGAUGAGCUGCAUGCCGAUGUGAAAAAGCGGACAUCGCAUCGCUGGGCCGACUAUAACGACAUACCGUUUGCAUUUGCACUAACCCCCCCCUUACAGUUCAUCGUGAUGGAGGAAUACAUUGGAGAUACCGAGGCAAGCGCCCUAGGCGUAUCGCGCAUCACGGAACCGCGAAAAGUCUUCCUGGGUCGCUUUAUCGCCAACAGCGCCCGCGAUGCCAUUGACAAGUACGAUCUCAAGAAGCGCCAGUAUAUCAGCACGACCUCGAUGGAUGCAGAACUCAGUCUGGUCACCGCGAACAUGGCACUCGCGGCACCCGGAAAGGUCCUCUACGAUCCAUUUGUCGGAACAGGCAGCUUUAUGGUAGCUGCAUCGCAUUUUGGAGCGUUGACGUUCGGCUCAGAUAUCGAUCCCCGAAGUUUCCGGGGAAAGGAUGAGGAGAAGGGAAUGGGCAAGAAUGUCCAGGCCAACUUCAAGCAAUACGGUAUCGAGAGCAAGUUUUUGGAUACCUUUACUUCAGAUCUGACGAACACGCCUUUACGAAAUGGUCAAUUGCUCGACGGUAUCAUCUGCGACCCACCCUAUGGUGUGCGAGAAGGUCUCCGGGUCUUAGGCACGCGCAAUGGGAAGGCCAUCGAGCCAGUCGUGAUCGAUGGGGUUCUUAACUACUACCGACCUGGUUACAUCCCGCCAAAGCGGCCUUACGGGUUUGAGGCCCUGCAAAGAGACAUUCUAGAUUUUGCGGUUCGCUCGCUUGUUCCUGGUGGACGUCUGACUAUGUGGAUGCCCACUACGAACGACGAGGCCAAGGAGUUCCCAGUGCCCAUGCACCCAAACCUUGAGGUGAUCGCUGUCUCGGUUCAGCAUUUUGGUAAUUGGGCCCGGCGACUCAUGACCUACCGCCGCCUUCCUGAAGGCGAAGCCUCCGACAUCUCUAAGGGGAGAAGCAAUGCGGAUCAGCGUGGCAUCACUGCGGAUGAACUCAACGGGUUCCGCCGGAAGUACCUUGCGAGGAACGAUACACCAGACGAGGGCAGAAACCCGACGCAAUGA